ACAGCAGUCUAGACUCUUCCCAUGGACAGAUUCAUUCAGUUUGUGCGGAGAUUGGGAAGGUCUGACAGGUGUUCGUUUUUCAGCAAAUAGCAGCGUAUAGCUUCAUACAACCAUGUUCUUUAAGUUUAUUUCUGCGGUGAUCACAAGAUCGCUUUUUAUUUUGGUGUCUCUCAUCGGAGUUUGGAGAGUGACGUCGGUGAAAAAUAAUAGUAAUUAUUGGCUUCUCACCAUCCUAUACCUACCGCUCGUGGUAGAAAUGAUAGUUACAUUGAAGAGAAGAAAGGGUAGCGACUAUAAAUGGUUUUCCCCAGCUAUACUGCUCUUUCUUCUCAGUAUCAUCCCAAGCAUAUGGAUUUUAGAGUUGCAUCAUCAACAUAACAAAUCGUCUGAUGAUAAGUGUCGCAGGCUGGAUUCCACAGACAGCAUAAAAAAUAUGAUAAACAACUGGAGGAACUCAACUAAUGAGACUGAAGCCUUUACGGCCUCGGUGAAGGUGCUUUCCUCGGUGUGUGCCAAUGACUGGAUCCUGGCACUGCACCAGAUCCUGCUCAUCCUUCUGAUCCUGGGCAAGUGGCUGCUGCCCAUUGGCGUGGGCGUGACUCGCGACCAGCUCUCCCAGCUGCUGCUGGUGUUCGUGGGCACCGCCGCCGACAUCCUGGAGUUCACCAGCGAGACGCUGUCCGACGUCAAGGCGUCAAGCCCAAAUCUGGUUUACAUCAUCCUAGCUGUGUGGACUUGGACCAUGUUGCAGUUCCCUCUCCAUCUAUCAGUGCUGACCCCAGACGCCGCAGACUGCGAGGGGGCCCAGGGCGACUCCUUCCUGUCCCGCCACCGCACGGACAUCUGGCAGAUAGUGGAGACGCUGUUCAUCCAGGACGGCCCGUUCCUGGUGGUGCGGCUGACCGUCAUGCUGCACUUCGGCGUGGUCCACCAGAUGCUCCUCUUCUUCGCCAUCAAGAACUUCCUGGUGGUCAUCCUCAACUUCUAUCGCCUCGUCGUUAUCUGCCAGGACUUCAAAUCGUCCAUGUGAGUCCGCACCCUGCCCCCGAGUUGUCGUGCGUGACACAUGCAGGAAGUGGAGACACCGUCACAACGAGCCGGAGGAACUAUAACGCUGAAGGGGCACGUACUCAGGAACCCAGAUGGUGCCUCUUGGCGAUGAGAUAAGGGGACAGUCAAACAUCGAGGUUCCAACGAAAGCGGGCACAGUCUAAAUAUUUGUUUCUCAUACACAUGCCAGAGGUCAAUUAAGGGCAGGGUCAUUAGCUGGAAGCCUCACCAGGGAGCUUCUGAGCGUGUGCCACAAGUGUAUCCAUGACGACCGUUUACUUGAAAGGACUUUCACUGAUUGAGUUAUAAUGCACCAUCAGAAGAGGUGAUGUGUCAGUUGGGCUGGCCUGCUCAACACUUUGGUUUAUUCACAACUGGGUGAACCAAACUAUUUUAGAACUAAAGGAUGGUCGUAUCAUGCUGAAGAGGGCGCUUUGCCUGAAACGUCCGUGUAGCAAUAUUAUCAGUUAAGCAACAACAAAUAAUGAUAAUAAUAACAAUAACAAAAAUACCUGUUAGUGCCAUCCUUUGUUUCUAAAGUUCAACUGGAAGCCUGACCAAUUUGAAAUGUGUUGGGAAGUCAAGUCAUUGGCUUUAUUGUGUUGUAAUUGUCAAGUAAUAACAGAAUUCCUACCUUACAUUGGUACAUUUCUUAGAUCAGAAUUGUAAAAAUUCUCAACACGCUUUGUGCAACUUUCAGAUUAUCUAGUCACUUGUGUGCACACAAAAGCAAUUUCUUAGUUUUUUGAACGUUUAGCAAAUGCCUUUGCACAUUCAAGCCACUUACUUGUCUGUUGUUUACCUCUACAACUUAACCCUUUACACAGAUGCUGUGUAUGAGCUUUAUGCUGAACAUCAUAAAGCUAAACCAGAAAACAGGUCACAUCUGCUUGUCGAGUUCUGACUCAUAGACUUUAUAGAUAAGCUAUACAUAUAUAUAGGGAUAAAGGCCAUGCCAUAACUUGUGUGGUGGUAGCGUAGCAGACAAGGAGCUGGGCUAGCAUGGACUAGCAGUAGACUGAGAAGUUGUGAGUUCAAUUCCCGGUUUCCACCUUCGUGCCCUUGAGCAAGGCACUUAAUCCCAAAUUGCCCCUGUAAUAUAAUUGUCAUGUGUAAGUCACUUUGGAUGGAAGCGUGUACUAAAAGAAAAAAGUCUGUACUUAAAGCAGUGGUAUCUGUUUGGAUCACUGAUUAAGUUGGAUACUCAAAUCAGUGUUCAUGGUUGUGAAAAAUCUGUUGUUAUAGGCUACUUUUGAAUGAGAUGGAAUUUUUAAAAAAAUCAGAUGUACAGUAUUUCCAAUCCGGCGAUAACGGAAUUGCUAGAUAGAUAGAUAGAUAGAUAGAUAGAUAGAUAGAUACUUUAUUGAUCCCCAAGGGGGAAUUCAAGAAAGAAAGGGUCGUUGCGUUGGCCGGGAAUCGAGCCCGGGUCAACUGCUUGGAAGGCAGCUAUGCUAACCACUAUACCACCAACGCCACAAUGCUGUCAGACAUCUCAGAGUAGAUGUUAUCGCUGGACAAGUGGAUGUGAUUAGACAUGUUUUCUGGUUGCCUUGUGACAUUUGGCACCAAGCCAAUUGGGGGCCUUCUACUGUACUGUAUGCCUAAUUGUAUUCAUUGUGGUUUGGUUCAGUCAAUGACAAAAGGACUUCCCAUUCUGGUAGCAGCACUGAAAUAUUGAUUAUCAUUAUUGUCUUGUUGUGUCUUUUGAGACAGAAAAUAAUCAUUAUUGUUAGUGACAUGCCUGCUUUUGUUGGUAAUCCACACACAUUUAGAGCAGUGUUCCUCAUUGUUGCAUCCCUGGCAUGUUUCCAGUGAUACAGUAUAGGGAGUUACUUUGAUCAUCAUUAGUAGGCAUAUCAUCAUGAUCAUCCCAUCAGAUGGUUCAAAUGCAACUAGCUAUAUGGCUGCCCAGUGAUUUGUGUGGUAGGAGCAGGCUUCACACACAGUCUCCAAUGUCUCUUGGCCAAACUUAUACUGUACGUUACAUCAAAGAAGAAAGAAAAGGAGGGAAAAAGGUUACACUUUGCAUGCAAGUGUGCUUACAGUAGGGCUGUAGUCAAGACCACCUUUGUCGAGUCCAAGACAAGUCCAAGACCAGGACCGGUCGAGACCAAGUCAAGACCGAGUCCAAAGAGGUUCAAGUCCAAGACAGACCGAGUCCAAAAGACUCGAGUCCGAGUCAAGACCGAGUCCAGGACAGAAAAAAACAAGUUGCAUGCAUGACAGUAUAAAGACAAUAAUUUUGGGUUAUUAUUAAUUUUGCUGAUCUAAAUACCCACCCAGGAUUUGUAAGUAUAACCAUUCCCCUUAAUAUCACAUACUUCCCUUGAAUAUUAUAACAUAAUAAAGAUGCCUGGACUCGGUCAAGACCAAGAACCAUAUUUGGCAAGACCGGUGGCCGAGACCGAGACAAGUCCAAGUCAGAUACCAGCCGAGUCCGAGACAAGUCCGAGACCAUUAAAAAACGGACUCGAGUCCGGACUCGAGUCCGAGUCCGGACUCGAGUACUACAGCCCUGGCUUACAGUAAUGCAAUGAAGAUGUUUGUAUGCAAAGUGCAACAUUUUAUGCCUCGUAUGUGGCUGUCCGGCAACAUUGCUCAAAAAGUUGCCCGAUGUAUCAUUUACCUUUACAGUUUUCAAAAUAUUAAUGAUGAUUGAAGAAAUAUACCAAAGCGACGUAGAGAAACUGUGUUUUCUGAUCACCCUGUUGGAUGGCUGUUUUGCAUGACGUUCCUUGACGCAUGAAGGCCUAUACUUGCAUAUCUGCCCGAUCAUCAACAGAAACCUCUUAAUCCAUGUGUUUGUACUUUGUGAUAUCUGAUAAAUAAAUGAAAGAAAUAGUUUGCCUCACA